UACUUCUUCUCCGAUUUCGUUCUGUACACCUUUGGCCGUGAAACGGUGCGGAUCUCGCCUUCUCGACGUCAACGAAAUCACUCGUAAAAAUUAUCUAUAAAUAUUCCGCAAACUGCAGUUUUUUCCCGUAUAUCUUAGUUCCAUUCGCAUCUCGAACUUCACCCGGUUUAGCAGCGCUAAUUACAAGUGGACGAAUGACAACGAACACUUAAAGCAAUCGACGUAUAAAAUGAGGCUGCAAAUUCACUGCGGCAUUGGUCUGAUUCCACUGGUUCUUCAUCUACUAACACCGACGAUAUCUACAGCUCAAUAUGUUCCCCCGAACCCAACGAUCAUACCUUUGUAUCCGAAGGGCUUGCGACUCUCAAUACCAAACGGAGAGGGGAUCUCACUUGUCGCAUAUCACGUAAAGUUCAACGAGGAAUUUUAUUCGCUGGAGGCAGGAACGAUAGCCGUUGACAUAAUCAAACCUAGACGCGAUCAAUGGACUUACGAGGACCGUACCACUAGGAUAAAGAUUGGCGAUACAAUUUACCUCUGGAUGCACGUUGUCUACGAAGGUCUUGGGUACAAUCUGCUCGACCAGAGCUUGACCGUCACACAACUGUACAAUUACGAUGGAACUCCGCACGUUACUGUCGCCUCCUGCAACCCGUCGAAUACCAUCUUUAACGGAAGCCAGCCAUGUACCGGACAAAUUUUGUUCGAGGAUUAUUUCAACGAGCUAGAACCGAGCAAGUGGAGGACCGUCAAGCGAUUCACAGGUCCCCCGGAUUACGAGUUUGUCGUGUAUACAGGUAAUGACGAAAACUUGGUGGUGAGAGACGGUGAGUUAAGAAUCAAGCCGACACUCCUGGACAAGGGAGGCAACGAGAACUUUAUUCGUCGUGGAAAUAUGACUGUGCAUGGGUGUACGGGUCAAGUCGGAUCCAACGAAUGCUACAAACAAGCUAUAUCGUAUUCCAUUUUACCGCCAGUAGCCUCCGGCCUCAUCGACACCCAGAAGUCCUUCAAUUUUCAAUACGGACGCGUCGAAGUUCGUGCCAAACUUCCACAAGGAGACUGGAUAUACCCAAUAAUAAAACUGCUGCCGGUAAACGCGGAAUACGUAUCUGGCUAUACUGUAGGGGAAUUUAGAUUGGCAAGCGCAGUUGGAAACAGAAACUUGCGCGAUAGCUCAGGUGCGAACAUAGAUGGACACGAGUUAAGGGCGGGUGCUGUAGUCAGCAAGUCUACUCCAAUCGAGGUUACUACGAUGUCGAAAAAACGUUCGUCGAGUUACUGGGGCGACGAUUAUCACAUUUACGAACUGAAAUGGACCCCGACAGCCAUAUCUGUCAAGGUAGAUGGCGAAAGUUUCGGGGAGAAGGCAUAUCCACAGGAGGCUUACGUGCAAGAAUUCUCAACCAGUCGCAACGGCAGUCCCAAUUCUGUGUUCGAUAAGCCGUUCUACAUCAGCAUCGGUGUCGCCGUUGGUGGACAGAGAGAAUUCCCAGACAAUUGUACAAGUGGGGAGCACCACAAACCGUGGGGGAAUCUACAGUCGAAGGCUUUGCUGAACUUCUACACUGCCAAGGAUACUUGGAAAAAUACGUGGACAGACGAGGGAUCCAUGCUCAAAGUGGACUAUGUCAAAGUUUGGGCGUUGUAGCGUAAGAAUUUUCAUCAAGACAAUAAGCAGCCACGUGUUGCCGUCAAUUCAUAUUGUUACGACUAAUAUUAAAAAGAUGAAAAACGAAUUUAAUAGGUCAUGUAAUUCCUGAUUUUUAUUCAAAACACGAUCUCAUUCCAUAAAAUGGAAAGCGUUUGAAGAGUAUUAUUCCUACCACCCUCGUUUUUCCCCCCUUUACGGAACUAUUAGUAAUUUAUUUUCUGUGCAGGAUAUAGAGAACUAUUAACAAGCUUAUUACACUGGGGAAAUGGCCAAGCUGUUGAGUAACGAUAAAUAGCUAGAGGCCAAGCAAGGUACGAUUUUGCCAAAGGUCUUCGAUUCAAACAUUAAACGAAUAAUUAUUAUUGUUCAAUGUUUACAGUGAGAGUCAACUCACGAUGUACAAUGGCGUUUUGAUCUACAAAGUCAUUACGUACAUGUAUGUAUGUAUGAUAAUUACAAUGCGCACACAUUAAUGGCAGAGGCAAUAUUGUUUGUUAUAGAGACAUUUGUUGAUUUGCGGAGAGUAUUGUAUUUCUUUGUUUUUAUUUUGACAAAUUACCCAAUCCUAGGUCAAUGGGUAAAUAGGUAAUUGUCGCUAUGUACAUUGUACAGAUAUUAAUAUAUUAUUAAUAUUAUUUGAUGUUGAAUAUACAAACAUAUAUUUGUCUGCCAGUUCUUCCAACGUUCGCAUGCAUGUGGUCACGAUUUAUUCAACGUAAGUUCUUACUAUUAUUUUUCUUUUUUUUCUUUGCUUUUCUUGACUGUUUAACAUCGAAAACUGUCUCUGUUCCUUGCGGUUUUAAAUAAAAAACUACUUCUCCUUUAUCAUGAGGGAUCAGAUAAUUUUUCUUGGCUAAUUAUUUUAACUCGUGUUAUUAUAUCUGCAAACUUUUACUACU